UGGGAUUAUUGGGUUGACUGGGAUUACUGGGAUUAUGGCUGGAAGUGGGGGAUUAGCGGGAUGGCCGUGGUUACUGGUGUGACUGGUGUUACUGGUGUGACUGGUGUUACUGGUGUGACUGGGCCGCGGCAGGGGGGAUGACGGCGCUGAUGUACGCCGACAUGGUGCAGAGCGCGGUGAUGGUGGGCGGAGCCUCCGUGCUGGCGGGAUACGGUCCGUCGCUGACGGCCGUGGGGGGGGUCCCCGCCCUCUUCCAGCGCUUCCCCCUCUCCCUGCCCCCCCCUUCCCGACUCUGCCCCGCCCGCGCCCAGGCCCUGAAACUCCUGCGCCCCCCGGGGGGGGAUCUCCCGUGGCCGGGGAUGCUCCUGGGAUUAGGGGCCACCGCGGGUUGGUACUGGUGCACCGACCAGGUGAUCGUGCAGCGCUGCCUGGCGGGCCGCUCGCUGACCCACGUCCGUGGGGGGUGCGUGCUGUGCGGGUACCUCAAGGUGCUCCCCAUGUUCCUCAUGGUGCUGCCCGGCAUGGCCGCCCGCCUCCUCUAUCCCGGUACGGCGCCGUCACCCCGAAUAAUCCCAUGUAAUCCCAUAGAAUCCCACAUAAUCCCAUGUAAUCCUAUAUGGCUGCGGGGGCUGAUGCUGGCGGUGGUGCUGGCGGCGCUGAUGUCGUCCCUCGCCUCCAUCCUGGCCAGCGCCGGCGCCAUCUUCAGCCUGGACCUCUACGGGAGGCUGCGGCCACGGGCCACGCAACGGCGCCUCCUGGUGGCCGGGAGUGGCCACCAAGGGCACAAAAUGGCCGCCAAGCGACCCAAGUGGCUACCAAGUGACAAAAAGUGGCCACCAAGUAACCCAGGUGGCCACCAAGCGACAAAAAAUGUGGCCACCAAGGUGGCCACCAAGGGCACAAAAUGGCCGCCAAGCGACCCAGGUGGCCAGCAAGUGACCCAAAGUGGCCACCAAGGGCACAAAAUGGCCGCCAAGGGCACGCAGUGGCCACCGAGGCGACCCGGUCCUCCCCCACAGGGCGCGUUCUGGGGCCUGGCCGCCGGGCUGGCGCUGGGCCUGGCCCGCAUGGUUCCCGAGUUCGCCAUGGGAACGGGGACGUCGCCGUGCCAGGCCGGAAGCGGAAGCGGCGAGACCGGAAGCGGCGAGACCGGAAACCUCACCUCCAGCGCCUGGAUGAGGGCGGUCGGCACCGGAAGCGGCUUCUCCGGCACCGGAAGCUCCGGCACCGGAAGCUCCGCCCCGGAACCCGGAAGCGUCGGAAUGGAAAGCGGGGGAACCGGAAGCGGGGCGGCGUGGGGGGCGGGGCGUUGCCCGGAUUUCCUGUGCGGCCUGCACUACCUGCACUUCGCCGCCCUCCUCUUCGUCGCCACGUGCGCCGUCGCCGUCGCCGUCUCCCUCUGCCACCCCCCCAUCGACCGGCGCCACGUGAGUGCGCGCCCCACGGAAACCCUUAGAGAUACAUAGAGACGCACUGAGACCCAUAGAGACCCAUAGCGGGACCCAUAGAAACCCAUAGAGAACGAUAGGGACCCAUAGAGACCCAUAGGGACACAUAGGGACGCAUAGGGACCCAUACAGACCCAUAGGGACCCA